AUGCCUUAUUUCAACGUUUAUCAGUCCAUGACUGUUUCGGAGACGCAGUCUUCGGACAAUAAAACUUAUAGACUCUCUAAAUUUCAACAAUCACCCCCGGCCUCUGCUCUCAUGGAGUUAGACAUGAGCAUAAACAAGGGUGUCGUCAAGGCCGUGGCACCAAGAUUUCCAUGCGCUGAAAUAGUCCCCCCUGCUCACGGACGAUACCAGCUGCAGCGCAGCAAGCGUAGACGCUUUAGAGCACCCACCAAGCGCACGACCGUCGAUAAACCAACACUCGAAGUAGAUCGUCAAUACCCGGAUACCCUGAAGUCGCUCUCGCUUUGGGUAGCAUAUCUACUCUUGAGCUUUAUUACUCCAGGGGCUGCGAGCGCUGAGAAGUACUCCGAAGCAGUGAGUGAAGCCGGCGACCUCAUCUACCUUGAGAUUUGUCGCUUGGAGCUGUCAAACUGCGUAGUGGCUGCCUCGCUGUGGUAUGCUAGGCAAACUAUCUUCGGACAAUUAGCGGAAGUUCACGAUGUACCGGCCGUGCUUCACCACCUCUUCCUGCUCAGCGCCUGCCUAGCUCGCAAGGACACCUCUGAUCCUCCUCUUACGGUUGAGACAUGGGCUCAAUGCCUCGGGCAGAACGCAGUAGAUUUUCGUGCCCUGGUGAAGGCGGCAUCGGUAUAUCUACACUCCGACCUUGAUAUAGGGUCGCUGCAAUGGCAAGGAUGGCUGCAAAUCCUCUCCCAGGAAGCUGCAAAUCACUAUCCUUACGACAAUUUAUCUCAACAUGCCGUCCAACACGUCCUCAAGGACCUUGCGGGCUGCUAA